AUGCCUAAGACAGUAUCAAAGAUUACUUAUCAAGAACUUUGUGACGUUGAUUUUACUUCUUCCAAACGUAAAAAGCAAAAGCUGGAUGAACAUAUCAAUGAAUUAGCUUCUAGUUCAUCAUCUACUACCGAUCAGACAAUGACAACAGACAAGCCUCGUUUGCAAAACAAGUACAAGCCGUCUGAAAAUCAAAUAAAGAAGUUUUAUCAACAUCUAAGCGACACUAAAAGUAAUCCUGCAAUCUUGUCACUGAUUUCUCCAUUUAACGAAAAAUUUGUGCCAAAGAGACCUGCUGUUAACCUUCAUGACCCCUUGAAUAAGUUGUACUCCCACCAAUUUGCUUGUCAUGAGUAUGAGGAGCUAAUUUCGAAAUCAAAAGAAGUUAUGGAGACAAUUAAAAUCAAUCAACAACAAGCUGAUAUGAUAGAAAAAGCUACACGAAAUCAAAGCAAGUCUCAGAUUUGGCAUCAAAUGCGAAUGGGGAGAAUAACUGCCAGCAACUUCCACAGGGCUUGUCGCACAAAUCCUGAAACACCAUCACUAAGCCUGGUCAAAGAUGUUUGUUAUGGUUCACAGUUUAAGUCUGAUGCAACAUCGUGGGGAAAGGCCAAUGAGAAGAGAGCCCUAAAUCAAUAUACACAAGUAAUGAAAGAAAAUCAUAGCAUCUUCUCAGUUAAAGAAUCUGGAUUUGUAAUUGAUCCAAAGUACCCUUUUCUUGGUGCAAGUCCAGAUGCAAUCAGUUACUGCAACUGCCAUGGUGAAGGAUGUGUUGAGAUUAAGUGCCCAUACAGUUUAAGAAACAAGACUAUCCAGCAUGGCAUAAGUGAUGGAAAGAAUUUUUGUCUCACUAAGACACCAAAUGGUACCUUACAGAUGGACAGGAAACACCAAUAUUACUAUCAAGUCCAACUGCAAUUAGCCUCCACAAAGUUAAAGUUUGUAGAUUUUGUUGUCUGGACUCUAAAUGACAUUUAUAUUGAACAAAUUCAGAGAGAUGACGAAUUCCUUGCUGUCAAUAUUGAAAAAGCAAAAGAAAUCUACAUUUUUGCAAUUUUACCAGAGCUUCUUGCAAAGUUUCACACUUCAAAACCACUUCCAUCAAAUGACACAUUAUUGUUUUGCUAUUGCAGAGUGACAGUUGAGCCUUGCCUUUAG